CGGACCCGGGCUCGCAGCGGAGGGGAGGAGGGUGGGUGGAGAGAGGCUUUCGGAAGUCGGCGGGGAGCGGCCGAGAGUCGUAGCCGUUGGCGAGGGAAGGCGCCCCGCUCCGGGCUGCCGCUCAGGAGGUGCCCGCCCGCCCCGGGACGCAGGAGCCAACUCUUAAUCAAAGGAGGCUCAUGGCUCUCCCUCCCUGCCUCUCCUAAAUGGGAAAACCCUUAAUGUCCACAGAAGACAAGGACAAGAAAUUGCCCAGAAUAAACCAGAACAAGCUACUCGACAAGGCCUGCAGAAUGAGCGUCCCCGACUACAUGCAGUGCGCGGAGGACCACCAGACGCUGCUGGUGGUGGUGCAGCCGGAGGGCAUCGUCUCCGAGGAGAACUUCUUCCGGGUCUACAAGAGGAUCUGCUCGGUGAGCCAGGUCAGCGUGCGGGACAGCCAGCGCGUGCUGUACAUCCGCUACCGCCACCACUACCCGCCGGAGAACAAUGAGUGGGGCGACUUCCAGACGCACCGCAAGGUCGUGGGCCUCAUCACCAUCACCGACUGCUGUGCGGCCAAGGACUGGCCGCAGACCUUGGAGAAGUUCCAGGCGCAGAAGGAGAUCUACGGCCCCACGCUGUACGACUCGCGCCUGCUGGUGUUCGGGCUGCAGGGGGAGCUGGCGGAGCAGGCGCGCACCGACGUGGCCUUCUACCCCAGCUACGAGGACUGCGAGGCGGUGGAGAGGAGGGUCGAGGACUUCAUCGAGUCGCUCUUCAUCGUGCUCGAGUCCAAGCGCCUGGACAGAGCCACGGACAAGUCCGGGGACAAGAUCCCCCUCCUCUGCGUCCCGUUUGAGAAGAAGGACUUUGUGGGACUGGACACUGAUAGCAGACAUUACAAGAAGCGGUGCCAAGGACGCAUGCGGAAACACGUGGGGGACCUGUGCCUGCAGGCGGGCAUGCUGCAGGACUCCCUGGUGCACUACCACAUGUCGGUGGAGCUGCUUCGCUCUGUCAACGACUUCCUGUGGCUGGGAGCUGCCCUGGAGGGGCUCUGCUCGGCCUCUGUGAUCUACCACUAUCCCGCUGGGACCGGAGGUAGGAGUGGAGCGCGAAGGAUCCCGGGAGGCUCACUUCCUGCAGAAGCAGCCAACAGGCACCGGCCGGGGGCACAAGAAGUUCUCAUUGAUCCAGGUGCCCUCACCACCAAUGGCAUAAACCCCGACACCAGCAGUGAGAUCGGACGUGCUAAGAACUGUCUGAGCCCCGAAGACAUAAUUGACAAAUACAAAGAGGCCAUUUCCUGUUACAGCAAGUACAAGAACGCUGGCGUGAUCGAGCUCGAAGCCUGUGUCAAAGCCGUGCGUGUCCUCGCCAUUCAGAAGCGCAGCAUGGAGGCUUCAGAGUUUCUCCAGAAUGCGGUGUACAUUAACCUUCGCCAGCUUUCUGAAGAAGAGAAAAUUCAGCGGUACAGCAUCCUGUCCGAGCUCUACGAGCUGAUCGGCUUCCACCGCAAGUCGGCCUUCUUCAAGCGCGUGGCAGCCAUGCAGUGCGUGGCCCCGAGCAUCCCAGAGCCCGGCUGGAGGGCCUGCUACAAGCUCCUGCUGGAGACGCUCCCCGGCUACAGCCUGUCGCUGGAUCCCAGGGACUUCACCAAAGGCACGCACAGAGGCUGGGCUGCUGUCCAGAUGCGCCUGCUCCACGAACUGGUCUAUGCCUCGCGGAGGAUGGGGAACCCCGCGCUGUCCGUCCGACACCUGUCCUUCCUCCUGCAGACCAUGCUGGACUUCCUGUCUGACCAGGAAAAGAAAGACGUGACUCAGAGCCUAGAGAACUACACCUCCAAGUGCCCUGGGACCAUGGAGCUCCUCACUCUCCCCGACGGCCUCACCCUGCCCCCGGUGCCCUUCACCAAGCUCCCCAUCGUCAGGCGUGUGAAACUGCUGAACCUCCCUGCCAGCCUCCGGCCACAGAAGAUGAAGAGCUUGCUGGGGCAGAAUGUGUCGACCAAGAGCCCCUUCAUCUACUCCCCGAUCAUUGCCCACAACCGUGGAGAGGAGCGCGGCAAGAAGAUAGAUUUCCAGUGGGUUCAAGGGGACGUGUGCGAAGUCCAGCUGAUGGUGUAUAACCCCAUGCCGUUCGAGCUGCGCGUCGAAAACAUGGGGCUUCUCACCAGCGGAGUGGAGUUCGAGUCUCUCCCUGCAGCACUGUCCCUGCCGGCCGAAUCGGGGCUGUACCCUGUGACACUCGUUGGGGUCCCGCAGACUACUGGGACGAUCACCGUGAACGGUUACCAUACCACAGUCUUUGGCGUCUUCAGCGACUGUCUGCUGGACGACCUCCCAGGGGUGAAGACCAGUGGCUCCACGGUGGAAGUCAUCCCCGCCUUGCCCCGGCUGCAGAUCGGCACUUCCCUGCCCAGAUCUGCGCACUCACUGCAGCCUCCUUCCGGCGAUGAAGUGUCUGCUAACGUGUCUGUCCAGCUCUACAAUGGGGAGACUCAGCCCCUCGCGAUCACGUUGGAGAACAUCGGGAUGGAACCCCUGGAGAAGCUGGAAGUCACCUCAAAGAUUCUCACCACCAAAGAAAAAUUGUACGGUGACUUCUUGAGCUGGAAGCUGGAGGAGACCCUGACGCAGUUCCCUCUGCUGCCUGGGCAGGUAGCCACGUUCACUGUCAGCGUCAAAGCGAAGCUGGAUUUCUCCUGCCAGGAGAAUCUGCUCCAGGACCUGAGCGACGAUGGCAUCAGCGUGAGUGGCUUCCCGCUGUCCAGCCCCUUUCGACAGGUGGUUCGUCCCCGGGCAGAGAGCAAAGCCAUGAACGCCCCGGAGAGCGGCAAGGCUGGGGACUGCAGCCACGUGAAGACACUGGAAGCUGUCCUGAACUUCAAGUAUUCUGGAGGCCCGGGCCACGCCGAAGGCUAUUACAGGAGCCUGUCCCUGGGGCUGCAGGUGGAAGUUGAGCCGUCCGUCUUUUUCACCAGAGUCAGCACGCUCCCGGCGACCAGCACCCGGCAGUGCCACCUGCUCCUGGACGCCUUCAACUCCACGGAGCACGAGCUGACGGUCGGCGCCAGGGGCAACGACGAGCUCGUCCUGCACGCCGGCGAGUGCCAGCGAAUGGCGAUUCAAGUGGAUAAGUUCAACUUUGAGAGUCUCCCAGAGUCUCCUGGGGAGAAGGGGCAAUUUGCAAACCCAAAGCAGCUGGAAGAAGAGAGGCAGGAAGCCCGAGGCCUGGAGGUCAACAGCAAGCUGGACAUCCACUGGACAAUCCCCUCUCUGAAGCGCAGUGGCGAGGCCAGUGUGGAAGGACUCCUGAACCAGCUCGUCCUGGAGCACCUGCAGCUGGCGCCGCUGCAGUGGGAUGUGUUGGUGGAUGGACAGCUGUGUGACUGCGAGGCGGCGGCAGCGUGCCAGGUGGGAGACCCCGUGCGCCUGGAGGUGCGGCUGACCAACCGGAGCCUGCGCAGCGUGGGGCCCUUUGCCCUCACCGUGGUCCCCUUCCAGGACCACCAGAACGGCGUGCACAACUACGACCUGCAGGACACCAUCUCCUUCGUGGGCUCCAGCACCUUCUACCUUGACGCGGCGCAGCCCUCGGGCCAGUCGGCGUGCCUUGGGGCCCUCCUCUUCCUCUACACGGGCGACUUCUUCCUGCACAUCCGCUUCCAGGAGGACAGCAAGAGCAAGGAGCUGCCGCCUUCGUGGUUCUGCCUGCCCAGCGUGCGCGUGCGAGCCCAGGAGGCGCAGGCCUGACCCCACACGCUUGUGUCCUGGGCCAGAGGAGGGGACAGCCCUGGCCUCCCCAUGGCAGAUGGGGCUUCACUGCGCCUCCCAUCGCCACCUCCUGCAAUCUUGUCCCUUUCUCCUGUUACGGCUUUCUGGCACCGCACAGCUCACCCUUUCCCAAGCAGUUCAUGCAGAGGUGUCUCUGAGCAGCCCCUGAGUGCUCCCUGCACCAGGCCCAGGGCCUGGGGCCACAGCCGCCGUGUGCUCUCCCCUGCGAGCCUCCCUCCUUCCCUGGCCCAGGAGAAAAGUUGGCACUGAGUUGGUCAUGGAGGAUGCGCUGAGAGCCCCUUGACCAUGCAGGCAAGUGUGGGCCAUGCCAGCUACUCCAGGGUCUAGGGCUGCCUCUGGUGCCCUCCCCGUUGGGCUGGGCUCUGGGUGCUGCGGCCUGCGGUCCCCUGACGAUUUUUCAAUAAAGGGUCUGCCCACUC